ACAAAACAUGGGUUCGGCAAGAACAUCGUUGCUUUUCUAUUUUCUCUUGUUUCUUUAUUUGCAUCACAACUUUGUUUCCAACGUAGACUCACGAUCUUUACGUCUAGCCUCCGCCGAUACAAGCCAUGUUUCCACCAUAUCCAAGCCAGAAAGUAGUAUUGGAUACGGUGGAAAGACACCGAAACUAGAAGUCUUUAUUCGAAAAGGUGGUGGUGGUAGAGGAGGAGGAGGAGGACGCGGUGGCGGUAGCCGUGGCGGUGGUAUCAGGGGAGGAAGAUAUGAUCGUCUAAGGCACUCUCGCGGCGGGUUAGGAGGGUAUCCGUAUUUUGGGACGUCGCACCACCAUGCUACUCGUUCAAGCGGUAGCCGGUAUGUUGGAAGGCCAGGGUGUGGCUGGUUGGGGUUAUUAUCAGUUUCGGCCGGUUUAGUUUUGGUUUUGUAG